CGCCCUACCCAAAAAGCAUCACUUCCUCCAGAUUCUUUCUUUCUUCCCCACCAAAAUGGUUACCAAACGACUACUAGUCUAGAAUAACAGAAACCCCCUCUCCCUCGUAUCUGCAACAUGGCUUCCUCUCUUCUUCUCUCGAACCCAUUUUUGACCUCACCCCAUCAUCCAAACAACCUAACUCGUAGACAACAACCUCUUACGCUUCGGCCUACCUCAGCUUUUACUCUCCUGAAUCUAACAAAACCCUCUAAUAGUAAUAAUAAUCCAAAAUUCCUCAAACCCACCCCUCCUUUUCUGGGUUUCAAGAAAUUUGCUACAAGAAUCUCCACCGGAGAUGCUGACACUGAUACCUCUGCCCCCCCACCACUUGUAGGUGAGGAUUCAGCCGCUUUCGAAUUGGGGAAGCAGAAGGUAUCUUCUUGGAUAUAUUUCAGUUUGAUUUUGGGUGUUGUUUUGUUUGUGCUUGACGUGGCUUGGAUUGAUAACUCUACUGGGUUCGGAAAGGAUUUCAUCAGUGCUGUUUCGAGUCUCUCAGAAAGCCCUGAGGUGGUUAUGUUCAUCCUUAUUCUAAUUUUCGCCACCGUCCACAGUGGUCUGGCAAGUCUCAGAGACAUGGGUGAAAAACUUAUUGGAGAACGUGCAUUUCGUGUUUUGUUUGCUGGAGUUUCUCUUCCAUUGGCUGUUAGCACUGUUGUGUACUUCAUCAAUCACAGAUAUGACGGCAUCCAGUUAUGGGAGCUUCAAAGUGCUCCUGCGGUGCAUCAAAUUGUGUGGCUUUCUAAUUUUAUCUCCUUCCUUUUCCUUUAUCCUUCAACUUUUAAUCUAUUAGAAGUAGCGGCUGUUGACAGGCCUAAAAUGCAUCUCUGGGAAACUGGAAUAAUGAGAAUUACCAGACACCCGCAGAUGGUUGGGCAGGUGAUGUGGUGCUUGGCUCAUACAGUUUGGAUUGGGAACUCUGUGACUGUUGCUGCAUCUCUUGGUUUAAUUGGACACCAUUUAUUUGGUGUCUGGAAUGGGGACAGGAGAUUAGCAACGAGAUACGGGGAGGCUUUUGAAGCUGUAAAGAAGCGAACAAGCAUAGUCCCUUUUGCAGCUAUCCUUGAUGGUCGUCAAAAGUUACCUAAAGAUUACUACAGGAAUUUUUGCGGUUGCCAUAUUUGUCAAUCACUGCAUUGACUCUAGGUGCAUACCUUGCCCACCCGCUUAUGCAGGCUGCCAGUUUCCGGCUUCACUGGUAGGGUAUGGUAUCUUCGUCUCAGUUGUAAGAAAUUGGAUACAGUCUGAAAUUACAUAUAGUUAAUGUACAAGUCUUGAUGCAUUUUGCUUAUCGCAGUUUCCUGUAUACAUGAAUGAGGGAUAUGUAUUAUUGUAUAAAAUAGAACAGCCACAGCAAAGAAUGCAUAUACGGCCGAUUGGCAUGUUUUGGUA